GUGACCUAGAGGACAGCCACGCAAGCGACUCUAGACAACCAUGCGCGCGCUGGGCAGCAAGCCGCGCUCGACCUGCGAACGCCGCGUCCAACGGCCGGAGUGCGCAAGUGGGGCCACUGCGUCUCGUGACUUCCGGUCCCUGCCGCGUUUUGCGCGCGCUUCAUUUACAACUACAUUUCUUAAGGCCCGCUACAUCGCAACCUCAGCAGCGAACCCACCUGCGCAAACCGUUCUCGCCGAGAUGCCGCCUACGGACUCGCCCCUGCACGCGCUGGUCCGCGAGCACGGCCAGCCGCAGCUGGUGUCGGCGCUUGAGGAGUUCCCGGGUCUGUCGGAGCUGGUGGGACUGCAGGCCGAGGUCCUGGGCCGACUGGAGCGAGCGCUGGGGGUGGCGCCGGCUCAGACCAAACACACGGAUGCAAGCGGCAUCCUCAAGUGCCAGAGCCUCAACCCGCCGGGCGCCGCCGCCAACCUCUUCCGCUCCUACCGCACCCCCCGCACCCCCUCCUCCACCCCAUCCGCCACCCCCUCCCCGGCCUCCCCCUCCGCCGCCCCGCCGCUGCGCACCAUGACCCAGGCCGUCUCCACCUUCACCAUGCCGCUGCCCGGCGGCGGCAGCAUGCGCCGCAUCUACACCAAGACCACCGCCAGCCCGCCGGACGGCUGGCCCACGCCGCAGCUGGAUGUGGAGGUGGGCGGCACCGACACCGAGCUCAUCUUCUACGUGGCCCUGGGCCCCAAGGCCUCGCUCACACACGACCUGGACUACCUGGACAAGUACUACAACAAGCCCCCGCCGCCGACGCCGGAGGCCGCGGGCAGCAGCAGCGGCGGCCGGCCGGGCCAGGAGCAGCAGCAGCAGCAGCAGCAGCAGCAGUCGCCUCAGCAGCAGCUGCCCAGUUUCAAAGCUCUGGAGGCGGAGGCGCGCCAGACUCCCGGCUUCAGCCCCUUCGUCAGCCCCUCGCUGUGGGUGCGCGCGCAGGCCGCGGGCGCGCUGUGCUUCAACGUGGCUUGGGGCCCCGCGGCCGCAGGCGCCACAAGUGCGGGUACCGCUGCCACAACUGCGGGUGCCGCUGCCGCAACUGCGGGUACCGCUGCCGGUGCUGGCGCCACUGCGGAUGCCGCCAACGCCGCCGCCGCCGCCAUGGCCGCGAUGCGCCGCUACACGCUGACGCUGGUGGACAUAUGGCUGGCGCACUUGCUGGCGGACGCAGCCGCACACGCGGCAGGAGCAGCGGGCGCCGCCGCGUUGGUGGAUGGGGCCGAGGGGGAGGCAGGGGGGAGGCAGCGGAGCAAGGAGGGCGAGGAGGGUGGUGGCUGGGGCGGCGGCGGCGAUGCGUGGGAGCAGGAGGGCUGGCGGCGCGCGGGGCGUGUGCUGCGCAACCACAUGCGCUACGACCCGCUCACGCCGAUGCUGUACCCCGUGUUUGGAGAGGCGCAGGUGACGGCAUGGAUGGAGACGGUGGCGGGGGAGGAGGCAGCGGCAGUGUGAGCCGGAUCGGCAGGGCUGCACGGGCAUGUUGCAUGCGUGGCAGAGGUGACGAAUGAGCAUGAAAAGACGAAUACAAUUGGUUUGGUUGUAUUACCGCGUUGACAUGGUGCAGUAGGAAAGAGACAGGAACGGGGAACAGCAGGACCGGGCAGGACCAGGCACAUGAGCGUGGCGUGGCUUAGGCUUCGGGAGCUGCGCUCGUGGUGACAGGGCGGACCUGGGCGGACAUUGCUUUAUUGUACGCGUUGCACGGGUGCAGGAUGAGGAAAGACAUAAGCUCAAUAAGGGAGCAAGAACUUGUUGUAGCUUGCGAACAUGCAGGAGGUGUGGAAGUAGGAUGGCCUGCGCAGACUGAGACUGCACACAUAUCAUGUACUCAGAGAGUCGGGGUAUGAAGGCCCGGGAGGGCAGGGCUCACUUGCAGGCAGGGGAGGUUGGUGACGUUGGUCAUGCCUGGGUGGCGAGGAAUGAUGGAGGGCAGGAACACGGCAGUGGGGGCAGGCCCAACCAACCGUCGGCAGCAAACACGCAGGAGGCACAGUCUACUAGUCUAGGCAAGUCGCCAGGUGUGGUGACCGGCCCAGGACCCCAGGUAUGAAGGCCCAACCCAGCUGAAGGCGCUUGGUGUCGUGGGACUGGGAAAUGUGAUAGCGCGUGUCCAGGGCCUCAACGUUAGCGUUCUCAAGGCGUGGCAACCUUGGGCGUGGCGUCACCGCAUUGUGGCUAGCGUGGGGACACAGGAGUGGCUCCAGCUGGCUCAACUGCCAUGUCGAGGCAAUCACGGCCGACCCAACUGAGGCGCUCGAGUGGGCCUAGAGAGGAACGGUUUCACGUCUUCACGGGUGUCAACCGCCGGCCGAUGUGGGUCGAAAGCUCUCACGGGUUGCAGCACGGGUCAGGGUCGCAUUUGCAGCCGAAAUUUGUGAGCUAGGCUGCUAUCGCACACUCAACACAGGAUACGCAGCAAACUUGUCAAGUCCUGUCACCC